CUGGCCAAGGAGAGAGGGAGCGAGACACACAGACACACACACACACACACACACACACAGAAAGAGAGAGAGGGAACGUUUGCUUAACAUAAGCUGAGAAUCUGGCUUGUGAGCAGGGUCUCCUUGCUUGCUCUCACUGACAACAGAGAAGAGAGAGAGAGAAGAAAGGAGGGAGCCGGAGAAAGAGAGAAAGACAGAAAGAGCUGCCACCAACCAUUUUAGCUUAAGACUUUCCCAGGGAAUGCGGAGGAGCCGUUGGACUGAAGCCGUUACUGCCGGAUGGGCAAGCGCUGACAAAACCAAGCAGGCAGAGAGAAAGAGAAAGAGACGGAGAGAGAGAGAGAGAGAGAGAGAGAGCGAGAGAGACAGAGACAGAGAGACAGAGGCAGAGACGGCUGAGCUGAGAGCUCACAUUCCGCGGCGGCUCAGGGCGGCUGGCUGGCAUCCCUCUCCUGCUCCUGAUUCCCCUGCUCUGCUCUGAAAGCCCUGCAGGCACUGCUGGACACGGAGACAGUGGGACCCCGGACACGUUUUGACAACAAACGCGUGAGAGUGUGUGACUGUGUGUAUGUGCCAGUGCUUGCAGUCCAUGUGUAUGUUUGUGUGUAUGAGUGAGAUCAACAGAGAAAGAGAGAGAUAGAGUUAGUGAGUGAGAGAGCGAGAGAGAGAGUGAGUGAGAGAGGGAGAGAGGAGGGGGACUUCCUUGAACUUUGAUCCUUUAAAGGCAGCCAAAGGGAGAGCCACAGCACAGGGAGAACUCUGUUUAUCAUUAUCCUGGGCAGGCGAGCAUUCCUUUCCCUGAGAAACCCACGCAAACAGGCUGGAGCUGGAUAUCGGCACAGAUUGCCUGGCUCGUCUUCUGCUCAAUCGAGAGGGAAAUCUAGAAACCCCUUCGGGGGUUGAGACACAAGUUUUACCUCAGGAUUCAAGCAUGUCUACCCUGUCCAGUCCUACUUUCUGGGUCAAGAGGAGCACUGGAAAUCAACACCAAGUAAGACAUUGAAGAAAAACAAAACAGACUGCUAUCUGGAAGGACGCUCCUGUUUGUUCGAGUUGUCAGCCACUGACAAAUCCAAACUGGUUGGACUUCAGCAGCUUUCCCAAACCGGCUGUGAAUAUUUCUAGGGCGAAGCCUGCUCUGAGACACACCGCUGUCAGUUUGAUUGAAAACACACUCUGUGCAGCUCAGAGAAACAAAACUGGUUGGACUAGUUGUGGAGUGGUUAGGACUGAGGGCAGGGCAGCGUGUGUUUGCAGGUAAAGCUCACACUCCUGCUUUUUGCUCAGGCAUAAUAGGAGCAGUGGAGAAACCAAGUGCUCUCUGGUAUUUCUCAACAGCUUGAGAGGGGCUCUGUGUGUGUGUGUGUGUGUGUGUGUGUUUUUUUGCCCCCUUUCACUACCGUGUGGCGCGUCAGAGGAGGGGAGGGUAGCAUGAGUCUUUUUUCCCCCUCCUCUAAGAGAGUAUGAGCAUCCGAGAGUAAUUUAUUGUUUCCUGUGAAAAAAGGGGGGACAGACAGAACCCCCCCAUCUUCUCUCUUUUCUGAACUCUGAACCAGAUCUCUGGCAUAUGAGAAGUUUGUUUUGGGAUUUUUCUUCUUUUUUUGCCGUGUGGACUAAACAGGAGUGAGGGGUUUACAAGGCUGAAUGGACUGCAGGAGAGAAGAGACGAAGUGGACGAAGAAGAAAGGGGAAGCAGAAGGAGGAGUGUGACAGCAAAAAAACAGAGCAUUGGUGCAGUGGAACCGUGCUCUCCAGGGGAGCCGUGCAUCCAGGUCACCAGGUGGUGACGGGUAAAAAAAAAACAGAGAGAGAGAGAGAGAGAGAGAGGGAGAGAGGGAGGGCAAAGAGAGGUCGACUGGAGUUUAAUGCUAUCUUUCCUCACGCCGCGCCAAACAACCACUCAACCGUUCUCUCUCUCUGAAUCAGACUGAAACAAAAACCAAAGGAUCGGCUGAAACCAUUUGUCACAUCUGCACUUUCUGAGAUUUCUGUGUUUCUGAGGCCACACACACACACACACACACACAUCUGGUGUUGUUGCUGACGACUGAACAGCAAUGGCCAUGGUGAGCGGGGGAUGGGGGACCCCCAACGGGGACACCAACGGACUGGGGGACAAGGGCUACCUGAGGGCGGAUGAGGAGGACACCUCGCCCCAGGCUGGGGGCAGCGAUGCGGAUGUGGGAGAGGACGAAAAGUCUUGCGUGGUGGACUGUGUGGUGUGCGGGGACAAGUCCAGCGGGAAGCACUAUGGUGUGUUCACCUGCGAGGGCUGCAAGAGCUUCUUCAAGAGGAGCAUCCGACGUAACCUCAACUACACCUGCAGAUCAAACCGAGACUGCCAAAUAGACCAGCACCACCGCAACCAGUGCCAGUAUUGUCGCCUGAAGAAGUGCUUCCGGGUUGGCAUGCGCAAAGAAGGUAGCAUCCGCACUUCUAACCAAGCUGUCCAGCGUGGUCGCAUCCCUCCGUCCCAUGCCGGCAUCAGCCCCAAUUCUCUUGUUGGGGGGGGCACCAGUGCUGGCGGCCCCGGCCUGGUCGGGGGCGACUUCUUCAAUGGCCAACCGGUGUCCGAGCUCAUCUCGCAGCUGCUUCGGGCCGAGCCAUACCCGGCCAGCACCCGCUACGGCCCCCAGUAUGGCCAGCAGCAGCCCGGAGGCUCGGUCAUGGGCAUCGACAACAUCUGCGAGCUGGCGGCCCGCCUGCUUUUCAGCACCAUCGAGUGGACCCGCAACAUCCCCUACUUCCCCGAGCUGCCCGUGUCCGAGCAGGUGGCGCUGCUCAGGCUCAGCUGGAGUGAGCUGUUCAUCCUGAACGCGGCCCAGUCGGCGCUGCCACUCCACAUGGCCCCGCUGCUGGCCGCCGCCGGCUUCCACUCCUCGCCCAUGUCUGCUGAGCGCGUGGUCUCCUUCAUGGACCAGGUGCGUGUCUUCCAGGACCAGGUGGACAAGCUGACGCGGCUCCAGGUGGACUCGGCCGAGUACAGCUGCCUCAAGGCCAUCGCCCUCUUCUCUCCAGAUGCCUGUGGCCUGUCAGACCCAGUCCAUGUGGAAAGCCUGCAGGAGAAGGCCCAGGUGGCGCUGACGGAGUACGAGCGCAUGCAGUACCCGAGCCAGCCCCAGCGCUUUGGCCGACUGCUGCUGCGCCUGCCCGCACUCCGCGCCGUGCCCGCCUCGCUCAUCUCUCAGCUCUUCUUCAUGCGCCUGGUGGGCAAGACGCCCAUCGAGACGCUCAUCCGUGACAUGCAGCUGUCGGGCAGCUCCAUCAGCUGGCCCUAUGCUCCAGGGCAGUAGAUCCAUCAGCCCCCCCCCCCCUGCCUGCCCACUAUCAACCUCCUGGCUCAUCCAAAGCGCCCAGGUCUGGUGACUCCACAGCGCAGACCUCUGGCUCAUGUUGUAAAGCACCUGCUGAUUUAGGGCCAUGAUUUGUUUAUUAGUUUGUUUGUUGGUCUAUGUUUAGUGCAAAAGUGAGAUUGCGGUCAGCAUCGAGAUACUUUGCGUAAACUGAGCCCAGGUCCACUGGCACAGCCCAUGCUACCUCGACCAAAACUGGACUUCUUUCAGUUCCCACAGCCUGUGGAAACACCCUCAGCUUUUGUUUUUCUCUGUUUGUUUUUGAUUAUCCAGAGAUUUCAUAUGGCAUCUGUCCAGAUGAUGUAGACUGCAUUGAGUAUUACAGUCCCACAGUGGCAUUGUAAGGUGUCAGUAACUCUCAGUGUAUAGACAACUUUAACAGAGUAAAAGCUUUGUAUGUCAAAGUCACCCUGUUGAUCAAUACCUCAAAAUAUGACUAAAUAUAUAACAGAUUUUAUGAAUGGAAAGUUGACUGGUACAAUGUUAUCUAAAGCCUCAUGGUUGAAAGGAGAAAACCUCCAUUUAUGAGGGAUGACCAAAAGGGAUUCAACUUUUUUCCAGACCUGCAGCAUCUUGAUUGUGAGAUUAAGAAACUUUACAGUAGAUUUAUUGGACUCGCUGUGGAUUUUAGGGUCUUAGCCACUAAAAUCAUAUCAGGGAGAAGUCAGAUGCAUAUUUUGUAAGAUAUUGCCAUGGACUGCAACACUGUCAAAGUCAUUGAAAUACCAAAUUUCUUACUUGAAGACUGGUGAUGACAUGCAAACGACAUGAUGAUAUGAGUGCAAAUCUUACACAACAUCAGUAUUUUAACUGUGUAGUUAAUGUCAUUUUUUAUCAACAAAGUUCAACCUGAAUGUUGCAGAAUUUCAUUUAGCCAACCAUGGAAAAUAUCCGAUAUUUUUGCAUACUACUACCAAUAAAAAUAUGAACACAA